GCAAAACAAGCCCGAACUUCCGGAUCCUGAGCAUGCUUUAACAGCUGACGAGGUGCACGCCUGUCUCCUGCAGUGAAACAUUUUCUCUGCUUUCUCCAAGUAUAUAACUCGUCAUGACUAAAGAGGAAGCUCUGGGGGCGGCAGAGGAGGAACAGCAGGCCCAGUCAAAGAAAGCCCAGAAGAAACAGCAGAAGGAAGCAGAGAAAGCUGCAAAGAAGGCUGAGAAACAGGCCAAGCAGGCUGGUGAUCAGAAAACCGCGGAGGAAGAUGACUUCGCCAAGGAUCGCUAUGGCGUGACAGCAAUGGUCCAGUCUCAAGAAAAACUGGACAGGGCUUUGGUGCUGGUCAAAGACCUGACUCCUGAGAGGGCUGAUGAGUUAAUUUGGCUGCGUGCCCGCGUUCACACCAGCAGGGCCAAAGGGAAGCAGUGUUUUUUGGUGCUGCGCCAGCAGCAGUUCAACGUGCAGGCACUGGUUGCAGUGGGAGAUCGUGCCAGCAAGCAGAUGGUCAAGUUUGCUGCAAACAUCACUAAGGAAAGUAUUGUGGAUGUGGAGGCAUUAGUGAGGAAGGUGGAUCAGAAGAUCGAGAGCUGUUCCCAGCAGGAUGUGGAGCUUCACAUUGAGAAGAUUUUCGUCAUCAGCCAGUCAGAGGCCCGUCUUCCCCUGCAGUUGGAGGAUGCUGUUAGGCCUGAUGGAGAGGGGGAUGAGGAGGGCAGAGCCACUGUCAACCAGGACACCAAACUGGACAACAGAGUGAUUGAUCUCAGGACAACCACAAGCCAGGCCAUCUUUCGUCUGCAGUCAGGAGUGUGCCAGCUCUUCAGAGAUACCCUCACCAAAAAGGGUUUUGUGGAGAUCCAGACACCUAAAAUCAUAUCAGCUGCCAGUGAAGGUGGCGCCAACGUCUUCACCGUAUCUUACUUUAAGACCAGCGCCUACCUGGCCCAGUCUCCCCAGCUGUACAAGCAGAUGUGCAUCUGCGCUGACUUUGACAAGGUCUUCUGUGUGGGUCCAGUUUUCAGGGCGGAGGACUCCAACACCCACCGUCACCUCACUGAGUUUGUGGGUCUGGAUAUUGAGAUGGCCUUCAAUUACCAUUACCAUGAGGUGAUUGACUCCAUCACUGACACCAUGGUCCAGAUCUUCAAGGGGCUGAGAGACAACUUCCAGACUGAGAUCCAGACAGUAAACAAGCAGUUCCCCAGCGAGCCUUUCAAAUUCCUGGAGCCCACUCUGAGGCUGGAAUACACCGAGGCCUUGGCCAUGUUGCGCGCAGCCGGGGUGGAGAUGGGUGACGAGGAAGACCUGAGCACACCAAAUGAAAAGCUUCUUGGCCGCCUUGUUAAGGAAAAGUAUGAUACUGACUUCUACGUGCUGGACAAGUACCCUCUGGCUGUGAGACCUUUCUACACCAUGCCUGAUCCCAACAACCCCAAAUGCUCCAACUCGUAUGACAUGUUCAUGCGUGGGGAAGAAAUCCUGUCUGGAGCCCAGAGAAUCCACGAUGCUGAGAUGCUGACGGAACGGGCAAAGCAUCACCAGAUUGAUCUGGAGAAAAUAAAGGCAUACAUCGACUCGUUCCGCUACGGUGCCCCCCCACAUGGCGGUGGAGGCAUUGGCCUAGAGAGAGUCUGCAUGCUGUACCUGGGGCUCCACAACGUGCGCCAGACCUCCAUGUUCCCUCGUGACCCCAAGCGCCUGACACCUUGACCGUUCGGCCGUGUGGCGCCAUCUUGCUAUAUUACCUGUCUAUAGGAUGCACAUGGGUGAUGGGAAUCUACUAAUUCACAACACUGAAAGAGAAAGGGUUUAGCAGCUAGUGCCACCUAGACACUAACUUGCAACUGUGAUUCAUUUCUAUGAGAGAUUGAAGUCAUUGCAGCAGUAGGGAACUUUAUUGCUUGUUUUCUACAGUUGCCUUACAACACGGAACAGUGAAGAGAAGAAGAGGACACUUAUGUUAGGUUUUAAAGAUGCACUUGCAGUCCUUCUUUUGGUCAACUAGGAAGUAACAGCAUCCCUUCUCAAGAAGGUAACUACUAGAGGGUCUCAUCUAAGUCCUAACUACCUCCAGCUAAUCAUCAUGGCCUCCUACAGUAUGUAACUACAUCUUUUUUAAUCAACUUAAAUUGAAAAAUCAUGGCUCAUAAAAAUAUUUUUCAACCCAUGAAGCUGAGCUCUCGUUUAUUCAUUUUAACGCAGCGCUUUUCUUUUUACUCCCAUUUUUCACGAGCUGAACUCCAAGAUGUUAAACUUAUUCUGCAUACACAAAACGGACCAUUUCUCUCAAACAUUGUUCACAAACAUGUGUUUGUGAGCAUUUAUAAUUCAUAAUUCAUCCACCUCACAGUUGUGGCAUAACAAGAUACUGUUUAGACACCAUCAUUAUUAGGUUGACAACAAUAAAAAGCCCACUCCAAAUUGUAUAAGCUGAUCCAAAGCAUCCCAAACACGCUCAAUUGGUGACAUAUCUGGUGAGUAUGCAGGCAAUGCAAGAACAGGGAUGCUUUCGUACGCAAUAAAAGGCCACUCAAAUGCUCAGCUUUCAGGAAUUGUGUACUGAUCCUUGCAAAAUAUAUCAUGCUGUAACACGAGGUGAUGGUCGUGGAUGAAUGGCAGAGCAAUUGGCCUCAGGAUCUCACACGGUAUCUCUGUGCACUCAAAAUGGCAUAAAUAAAAUGCACUUGUGUUCAUUGUCCAUAACAUACGCCUGCCCAAACCAUGACCCGGCCGCUCGAUCCGCAAAUUGAUGGUAUUUUGAAUUUAUGGCAAUAUCGUUAUGAGAUCCUGAGGCCCGAUUUUGUGCCAUUUAUCCACGACUGUCGCCUCAUGUUGCAGCAUGAUAAUCCUUGGCCCUGUGUUGCCAGGAUCUGUACACAAUUCCUGGAAGUUGAACAUUUUGGAGUGCCCUUUUAUUGUGGCCAAGCCAAGGCACUUGUGCAGUAAUAAUGCUGUCUAUUCAACAUCUUGAUAUGCCGCAGCUGUGAGGUGAAUGAAUUAUACAUUUGUGAACAUUAUUUGAGAGGAAUAGGCCUUUUGUGUACAAGUUUUGCAUCUUUUUGAGUUCAGCUCAUGAAAAAUGGGAGCAAAAACAAGUGUUGCGUUUAUUUUUGAGUAUAUUUUAUUCCAUUGAGGUCCCGACCGAUUUUUCCCAGAAUAAAUUGGAAGUUAAUACAGUAAUCCACUUAGCCACUUAGCGCUUUGAAUUUUGCUGCUUCAUUCUAUCAUGGUUUUUCAAAAAUAUUAAUAAAUCAUGCAGUUUCAUGAAUAAG